AAAGAGUGCUGCGGUUCUGCAGCUGGGGAUUGUUGGGGAGCAGCAGCUCAUUCUCAUUUUAAAGGGGACAUACACUUAAACAGAGCGUUUUGGCUCAUACCAUAAAAGUGGCAAUUUCAACAAGCUACAAAAAAUGAUCUGUGGGGUGUUUUGAGGUAAUACUUCGUAUACACACUCUGGCGACAUCAGAGAACAAUUUUAAAUAUUAUAUCUAUGCAUUCUAUGGCACCUUUAACUUGAAAAAAGGACGUUAACAGCUGCUAUAUACAUGUGAUCAGACAUGGCAGAACAAAGUCCAGCCAAAAAACUAAGGAAACAGGUCAAGGGCUUUCUGUGCGACGUGAGCCCCGUAAAAGACAAUCAUUUUGAUGCCGUUCUUCAACAUGAAGGUGGAAAUAGUAAAGUUGUGGUCUUCAGACCUGAAGAUCACAUGCACUUCCACAACGCUGAAAAAACACGGAGUUUAGUUACACUAGAUGACGUGGUUUUACCGUCGUCAGUGGAGUCCAGCAGAAGCAUGGACAUCUUCUACACCCACAGCUCGAAAAUGUCCUGCGUCCGUGACCUCGGAGGAGCAUUUAACAGCAGCUUUUCUGCUGGACCACAAGCUGUGCAAUUGUCUGAACUCCUCAAACUGCAUACAAAACCAAAGAGGGUGAACAUCAAUGCAAAGAUUAUCCAGGAGCUGCGCAGGGGAAUCGGUGUUGUAUGGGAUGGACAGAGUCUUCCAAAAACUGAAUAUACUGUAGCAGAUACCACAGACUGCAUGAGGCUAACAGUCUGGCGUGAGCACAGCAUGACUGUGGGUGAAUGGUACAGCAUCACAGACGUCUCUGUGAGAGAGAUCAGGGGAAAGACAUCCCUAUCAACUACCAUAGAUACACAGAUCGUCAGCAUCCCAUCUCAAGGUACAGCGGCUGCUGUUCAAGUGACAUCCCCAUCAACUAUCAAAGACACACAGAUCGUCAGCAUCCCAUCUCAAGGUACAGCGGCUGCUGUUCAAGUGCUGACAGAAACUAUCAGAUGUGAUAUCCUUGGUGCAAACAUUAAAAAUGUCUUAAUUUGUCCUCGUAAACACCAAAUGAAGAGUGUGACACUGUCAAGCCCAACUCUAUAUUGUAUCUCAUGCAACACACAUUACAAAAGCACUGCCAUCGUGAUGAACUUUAGUGGUCACCUGGAUAUUAAACCAGAAACAGGAAAUGUUAUGAAGGCGAAGAUUGAAGACGAGGUCAUAAGGUCGGCGCUCACAGUCAAUCCCACUGCAUCACCAAAGGACAUUAUUAAGAGCUUAAUUGCACUGCCACCCAUGCAGAUUACAAUUCACAAGAACGUCAUUGUAAAGAUGGAAGAUGUUCCUCAGAAGACUGAGAUCAAGUCUGAAGAUGAGCUUCCUGUUAAAGUGGAACCUGUGGAAGAAUCCGAGUUUUAUUCACCCCCGGAUUAUGGCUUUCUAUUCAGUUCCCAAGUCAGAAAAAGAAAAUUUAAUGACUGACUCUAAUCAUAGAAAUUAAUAACUUCCCAUUACUGUAUUAUUCAUGACUUCAGAUAAAAUCAGUAUGAAGACUAAAGUCUAACAAAGAUUACCAGGAUGUCUAAAUACUUAAAAUAAAAUAAAACAGUUAAUACUUAUGUACACACACACACCUAUCUAUAAUUGUCAUUAAAAUGUCAAUUCAAAUUUAUAUUUAUAUACACAUACCUUUAUUAAAUUCUGCUAAAUUACUAAAUGUAAAUAUAUAAUUUAACGUUCAUUUUCUAUUUUGUUUUUAGAUUAAACCUUAAGAUUAAUGUUUACUGGGGAAAACGAAUGGAUUACAUAUUUCCAAAUAAUCUCUAAUGAUUACAGAGAAACUGUUUUAAUGUUAAUUUUAAAGUUUAAUUGGUGGUGAGAAAUUGAUUGUGAUGUUAUUGCCCUUUGCAUUGAAAUGUUGAUGAUGUCACAAUCUGUAGAUUUUGAGUAUUUGCAGACAUAUAGCAGAGAAAAUAAAUUUGAACAAAUGCUUUU